GGCCGACACUCGCGUCGCGCACCUCGGCCCGACGACAUCGAACGGUAACGCAGGGACACACGUGUAGUUGAGGUCCUGCGAUAAGGUAUCCCUGAAACCAAAGGGUUCGGUUACCGUGAGCUCUCUCUCUCUCUCUCUCUCUCUCUCUCUCUCGAUAAUCGCGAUCGAAACAUUUUCGGUGAAAUCACGUAUGUCGACGACGUCAUAUCUCGAUUCUCGUCGCGCUCCUCGUUAAACUGAGCAUUACGAAUCGUUCGCGACACGUGUUUCGCGCAGAUAAUUGUUAUGUGCAUUAUCGCGGAUCGGGAAGGAGGGUGAAGUGAUUUAGAUAAGUAUCCGUAAGUGCAAAAGAGAAAGGAAAUCGUAAUCUGACUCGGGGUAGACGCCUGACAGGUUCCUCGAUGCGCCCUUUGUCAAGGGGUGACAGUUGCACGUGGUGGGAACUCGACGAUCUCUGACAAGAGCUCCGCAGCGAGGACACGGGAGUUAUACAUCAGUUAACAAGCGACAAGAAAAGGAUCCAUCGUUGACGAGUGUUUUCGCUAAGAUCGUCACCGACAAGGACCAUGAAGAAAUCAUAUUUUGUCUUCAUAUGCCUUUUGGGCCUCGUCGUGAGCGACAACAGCACGAUCGGCGAUCAUUCGAUCACCGAGGAUACUUCGGAGAUCAGCAAUACGGACAACAAUCUCGCAGCCAAUGCCGUGGAUCAGAGCGCUGGCUGGGGAGAAUGGUCACCGUGGUCGAAGUGGUCGCCAUGUACAAGGACGUGCGGUGGCGGAAUCUCGCGACAACAACGUCGAUGCAGACGUAGACCGUGCAAGGGGAAAAUCUGGACUACCAGAUAUAAAAUUUGCAAUCCGGAGCCCUGCGAGAAAUCGGGCGAUUUUCGCGCGGUACAAUGCGCCGCCUUCAACAAUGUGCCAUACAGCGGACAACUGCUCAAAUGGUAUCCCCAUUAUGAUCCAGCUAGGCCGUGCGCUUUGAUCUGCCGCGGCGAGCAGACACUUGAGAACGGUGUUAUACGGUCGCGGCAGGAAGUGCCGUCGGGCGAGAAGACGAUGCCGCGCGAUUCCGCGGAUAGCCUGCAAUUCGACAGCGAUGAGACGAUAGUGGUGCAGCUAGCGAAUAAGGUGGAGGACGGCACGAGAUGCUACGUGGAAGGCACGGAGGUGUGCAUAGACGGCGAAUGUACGGUGAGUGAGAAAUUUCUUUGCACUUUGAGAGAUCACAUCGAGGGACGAGAUCCUAGCGCACAGCUUCCUCCACAAAGUGUGUUUCCGUAAAUCUUUCUUGUCAAAACUCAUUAAACGUUAAUUUUUGCACUCUUCUGAAAAUUUUCAACGGAUGAUCGA